CCUGAAAUGUGAUAACAAAAUUCAAAUGAGUUUGGACGUGAAAUGCGAUAGCGAUGAGAAAAGGAAAGAAGAAUUAAGGAGCUUAUUAAUCAAUCAUUGCGGCGUCAAAGAGUAUGGUUGCAAUGGAUGAGAAUGACUCUGUAUGGCCCCUUGCCCCACUCACUUUUGUAAACAUGACCAGUUCUCUGAGUCAGAAAUGUAUAGUUAUUGACUGUCGUUCCUUCUUAUCAUUUAACGUCGCCCACAUCAAAGGAUCGCUUAACGUUCACUGCCCUCCUAUCUUAAAAAGAAGAUUUCAUCGUGGAUCAUCAACGUUAGAUUGUCUACUCAAAUCUCCUGAGUUGAAACGAAGGGUUGCGGACGCAGAGACUUUAAUUUUGUACGGGGAAGGAACUCAGGAUUGGAUUGACUUGGAGAAGGACAAUACGAUGAAGAUACUCCACAUGCUUUUGAGAAGAGAGAGAGUAGACAAGACUCUAUAUUUCAUUAAAGGAGGAUUUGAAAAAUUCGCGUCGUCUUUCCCCUCCAUGUGCUACUUUGCAAAUCCCCAUGCGGCAUCACAAGCAUGUUCCAGUCCUCUCGGAUUAAAGCUCAAAACGAAAGAUUUUAAAAGAUUCAGCCCGAGAAACGAGAUCGAUCCUGUCAGGGAUUAUGCCGAGUCGCGCCCAAAUGUGUCAGCCAAGCCAAAUGAGCCUGUUGAAAUCUUACCACAUCUGUAUCUUGGAAGCGAAUUCCACUCGUCUCAAAAGGAGCUCCUUCAACACUUGGGUAUCACUGCCAUAGUCAAUGUUUCAAGUAAUAUUCCGAACUUUUUUGAGGAUACAUUUGACUACAAGUCUAUUCCGGUUGACGAUACUUACACCGCAGAUAUCGGCCGAUGGUUUGAGGAGGCAGCGAUGUUUAUAGAUUCAGUGAAGAAAUCGAAAGGACGGGUACUAGUACAUUGCCAGGCUGGGAUCUCAAGAUCAGCCACUAUUUGCCUUGCCUAUCUUAUAAGUAGACAUCAACUCAGGUUGGACGAAGCUUAUGAGUACGUUAAGAAGCGCCGUUCAGUUAUAUCACCAAACUUUAACUUCAUGGGGCAACUGCUUAACUGGGAAUCAGAGACUCAGCUUACAAAUAGAGUAUCGAGCACACACACACCCACCACUCCCUUUGGAUUUUUCAGUUUUUCUCCGUUGCCAUGUGGAUCCGAAAUGACUACCUCUGGUAACAAACAGAAUUCACCUGGGCUCGUGACUUCACCCAUGUAGCUCAGUAGCAUUAGAGGCAAGAAGUCAAAAGUGACAAAUUCUUUUGUUCAACUAAAUCUGAUUUUUGUAUAGAACAAAUGGAGAGUGUAUCUGAAUUAUAUUAAAUGUACCCAUAUCCAUUAUAUCAGCCAAAAAAAAAAACCGUUAUGCUCUUUUCUCACAGGACGCAUCGUUUUCUCCACAGUCUAAUUAUUUAUGGUUUACACAAUAGUUUAUCUCAUGAAUUGCAUGUGGUAAAAUUAUCGUCACUGUACGCUUUAAAAAAUAAAGCCUAGGACGAAAUUGAAGUGGAAAGAAUAAUAUUAAACAAAAUAAUAAACCGUUUUCUCUUCCACUUUGAUGAAGAAUAUUUUUGUACUUAUGCAUUAAUGAAAAAACAGUUUGUUUCAUAUUACCCAGGUAGUAGAUAAAAUAAAACAGGCUUAUACUUUAUGGUGGCAAGAAUAUAAGUAAGCCGAAUUUUGUCAAAAACAGACUUAAAAGAAGAAAUACUUGAAAUAUGUGUACGAUAUAUUUAUUUAUGAAUUUAAAAAUUUGAAGAUGUAAAUUUGAAAAGAUGUAAGUUAUAUUAAUCAUAUAUUAUAAGGUACUUGACCAAACACAGAUGAAUGGCGCCCAAAUAUGUUUGAAUAAAUUAUGAGGAAAAUCCUACUAUUGCUUGUAUUGUAAUUGCCAUUGACCAUUUAUAAUUUUUCGCAGUGCAAAGACCAUCUAUUUGACAUUAAUUAUCAAGAGCAACAAGAGAUCACGAUGGAAUCUCUUGAGAGCAACCAAUGUUCAACUUUUCUUUAAAUAAAGUAACCGUCACAAAGAAUGGACAUUGUGGCAUUUGUCU